AUGGACGGUGAUCAUGCUCUCUCUCGGGUGGUUCAGGGAAAAUUGACAAGAUGGAAGGCAAGUCGGUCUUAUCAAUUUGCAAAGGCAGGAUCAAUAGGACGCUGGUGUGGGAGAAAGAAUCCCUUGAAGCGAACUCGAUCAAGUGCCAAAAAAGCAGUCGCUCCUAUCGAUUCAUCUCUUGUACAAGGGGAUGAUAACGAACCCGACAAUCAUUAUGGCAGAAUGUUUCAUCCAUUUUCAAGACUUACUAUUGAGCUACGUCUAGGAAUAUGA